AUGGUUCUCGAGGCAACGGUAUUGAUAGUAGAUAAUUCCGAAUAUUCUAGAAACGGAGAUUAUCCAAGGACAAGAUUUGAAGCUCAAAUUGACGCAGUAGAAUUCAUAUUCCAAGCCAAGAGAAAUAGUAAUCCUGAAAAUACGUUAGCUCUCUUGUCUUCAGCAGGCUCCAAUCCCACCGUAUUAUCCACGUUCACUUCAGAAUUCGGGAAAAUAUUAUCAGGUUUGCAUGAUACGUCUAUCGGUGGAUCCAUUCAAUUCACAACUGCAAUUCAAAUUGCUGCAUUGACUUUGAAACACCGUCAGAAUCAAAUCCAACAUCAAAGAAUUGUAAUGUUCGUUUGUAGCCCCAUCACGGAGCCUAAGGAUGAAUUAAUUAAAUUAGCCAAGAAAUUAAAGAAAAAUAAGAUCGCCAUUGAUAUAAUCAAUUUUGGUGAAAUUGAUACCAAUAAUGAAUUGUUAAUGGAAUUUAUUAGUGUGGCAAAUAAUGUUUCUGAUGAAAGUAGUAAUUUGGUCACUAUUGCACCUUCCAAUUCAAGAUUAUUAUACGAGUCUAUAGCGUCCUCUGCAGUCAUAUUGGAAAGUGGUGUUACGGGCAAUGAUUUAAUGAUGGGUGCUGGCGGCGCAGGUGGUAUGGAUGGUGGGUUCAUGGAUUUCGGUGUUGAUCCCUCCAUGGAUCCAGAAUUAGCUAUGGCGUUACGUCUUUCCAUGGAAGAGGAACAACAAAGACAAGAAAGAGUAAGACAACAGGAGCAACAACAACAACAGCAGCAGCAGCAGCAGCAGCAGCAACAGCAAGAACAGCAAUCCUCCGAAGAUCAACCUUCAAACCAAGAAGAACAACCAAAAUAA